AUGACUGUAUGGAAGAAGAAGACCCAAAGAAGAUCAGAAGAAGAGAAACAAGAAGACACAGAGACUGUAUGGAAGAAGAAGACCCAAAGAAGAUCAGAAGAAGAGAAACAAGAAGACACAGAGACUGUAUGGAAGAAGAAGUCCCAGAGAAGAUCAGAAGAAGGAAACAAGAAGACACAGAGACGGUAUGGAAGAAGAAGACCCAAAGAAGAUCAGAAGAAGAGAAACAAGAAGACUCAGAGAAUAAAUCCGAAUAAAGAUAUACAACGAAGAAGCUCGGAUAUCAAACAGAUAAAGAUAUACAACGAAGGAACUCGGAUAUCAACAGAUAAAGGAUAUACACGAAGAACUCGAUAUCAAACAGAUAAAGAUAUACAACGAAGAAGCUCGGAUAUCAAACCAGAUAAAGAUACAACGAAGAAAAUAAAGAUAUACAACGAAGAAGCGGAUAUCACACAGAUAAAGAUAUACAACGAAGAAGCUCGAUAUCAACAGAUAAAGAUAUACAAACGAAGCUCGGAUAUCAAACAGAUAAAGAUAUACAACAUAAAGAUAUACAACGAAGAAGAUAUCACACAGAUAAAGAUACAAACAGAUAUCAAACAGAUAAAGAUAUACAACAAGAAACACGGAUAUCAACGAGAUAUACAACGAAGAAGCUCGGAUAUCACACAGAUAAAGAUAUACAACGGAGAAGCUCGGAUAUCACACAGAUAA